AGAAUUCUUGCCGGAACGUGUUGCGACUACCUUCGGCACAUCGCGAACUACCAGCUACUGUACCCCAAGUGGAUGUACCACGCCAGCCAACGUGGGCGUGGAUGUGCGAUGACGAAGCCUAUCUUUACAGAACCCCGGUAUCUCGGAUAACAAAGAUCCUGGGGAACAUAUAUAAAUGCUCAUGGAAAUGAUGACAUCAUGUCUUACCCUACUCGCAAGAUCGGCAGCACCGAUGUUUCUGCUAUCGGCUUUGGUGCAAUGGGUAUAUCCAUUGGAUACGGUGCCACUGAAGCAGACGAAGAGCGCUUCAAGGUAUUGGAUGCUGUUUAUGCGAACGGUUGUACGUUCUGGGACACCGCCAACGUCUACGGAGAUAGUGAAGAUCUGAUUGGCAAAUGGUUCAAACGCACAGGAAAGCGCAAUGAUAUAUUCUUGGCCACGAAAUUCGGGUUCACGGCCACAGGCAUCAAUGGAAAGCCAGAGAGCGUCAAACUUGAAUUUGAGAAGUCGAUCUCAAGGCUUGGCGUUGACACCGUUGAUUUGUACUAUCUUCACAGGCCUGAUCCUUCCGUCCCUAUCGAAUUGACUGUCGGCGCCAUGGCAGAACUAGUCAAAGCUGGUAAAGUCAAAUACCUGGGACUCUCAGAGUGUUCCUCUUCCGGCCUUCGCCGUGCCCACGCGGUUCACCCCAUUGCUGCACUACAAGUUGAAUAUUCACCGUUUACACUUGACAUCGAAGACGACAAAAUUGCGCUGCUGAAAACGGCUCGUGAGCUGGGUGUGCAAAUUAUUGCGUAUUCGCCGUUGGGACGAGGGCUGAUUACUGGCCGAUUCAAAUCCCCUGACGACUUUGAGGCCAACGAUUGGCGGAGGACUGUGCCAAGAUAUUCGAAAGAGAAUUUCCCAAACAUCAACAAGCUUGCUGACAGCCUCAAGAAGAUCGGCGAUACGUAUAGCGCAACAGCUGGUCAGGUUGCCCUUGCAUGGUUACUCGCGCAAGGAGACGACGUUAUCCCCAUUCCUGGCACGAAGAAAAUCAAGUAUUUGGAGGAGAAUUUAGCUGCUGUGAACGUGAAACUUACUCCCGAGGAUGUUCAAGCCGUGCGCACUGUUGCUGAAAAGGCAGACUGGGCGCAAGGUGAUCGUUACCCUGCUGGGUAUAUGAAUCUCAUCUUUGCCGACACACCAGAGCUCCAGUGAAAAUCGACGCAAUAGCUAUAAUAAUUGUUUUAUGUACGUCUUUAAGUGUAGCGUGAUGUGGUGCUCGAGAAAUCAGAGUACAUUCGUUAUUGUGUGUAAAUACCGGUUGAAUUGAACCACGAGUCGGCGUAGGGUUUGACCUGACUUCAAAGUCUUUCGCCAUACGAAGAUAACAGUUUUUUUUCUUGGAAUCACCGACCUCUAUUAUCCUUACUAUCUCGCAAUUUAUUGGGGG